GGACGAAGCCGCCAUCCUGAGGAGCCUCCCCGGGUGCGGGGCAGGGUCCUGUGCAACUGCGGGGCAGGGGUGGGGGGGGCAGACAACCACAGCAAAGCUGUGAUGAGGGGCAGGAUGUGCCCCACGGACACCUGAAACCUGCAACCAACGGAUUUUGGGGUGCUGAGGCUGGCCAAAACGAGGAUUUCUCAGGUCUCAGCCGCAGCCAUGGAACCUGAUGGGGACGGGGACGUGACCAACGCCACCGUCCACGAGCUCACCCUGCAGAACCGCUCCAACGCCAGCGCGCAGUUCACCGGGGUGCAGCUCAUCCAGUCCUUCAAACCCCUCAUCAUCCCCUGCUACGCCCUGGUCGUCCUCGUCGGCAUCUUCGGCAACUACCUGCUGCUCUACGUCAUCUGCAAGACCAAGAAGAUGCACAACGUCACCAACUUCUUCAUCGGCAACCUGGCUUUCUCCGACAUGCUGAUGUGCGCCACGUGCGUGCCCUUCACCCUGGCCUAUGCCUUCAACCCCCAGGGCUGGGUUUUUGGGAAGUUUUUGUGCUACUUUGUCUUCCUGAUGCAGCCCAUGACGGUCUACGUCUCCGUCUUCACGCUCACGGCCAUCGCGGUUGACAGGUACUACGCCACUGUGCACCCCCUGAAGAAGCGCAUCUCGGUCACAAGCUGCAUCUCCGUGGUGGGGGGCAUCUGGCUGCUCUCCUGCGGGUUGGUGGCCCCCGCCAUCGCCCACACGUACCACGUGGAGUUUCGGGAGGAAGGCUUCGCCAUCUGCGAGGAGUUCUGGAUGGAGAAGGAGACGCAGCGCCUGGCCUACGCCUACGGCACCUUGAUUGUCACCUACAUCCUGCCCCUCUCCGCCGUCUCCCUCUCCUACAUCUGCAUCUCGGUGAAGCUGAGGAACCGGGUGGUGCCUGGCCACCCCACGCAGAGCCAAGCUGAGUUCGACCGCCUGAGGAAGAGGAAGAUCUUCCGCCUCAUCGUGCUGGUGGUGGCGGCUUUCGGGGUCUGCUGGCUCCCCAUCCACGUCUUCAACAUCAUCCGGGACAUCGACAUCAACCUCAUCAACAAGCACUACUUCCUCCUCAUCCAGCUGCUCUGCCACUGGUUCGCCAUGAGCUCCUCCUGCUGCAACCCCUUCCUCUACGCCUGGCUGCACGACCGCUUCCGCGGGGAGCUCCGCAAGAUGUUCGCCUGCAAGAGGAAGAUCAUCCCCACCAAGAGCUGCGGGGCUGCCGGCGGCAUGCUCUGAGGCGGGGGUCCCGCUCCCCAGACCCUCCAUGGCCGCGCGCUUCAUCCCGUGCACAGCAGAGCUUUCCUCGCUGCCUGUCCUGCCCAUGGGAGCGGAGGCAAAUGGGUUCCUCCUGCCUGCCCAGGGGUUUGCAGCACUCGCUGCAGGAUCCUUCCCUGCGUCGGGGUGCUCAGCUCUGCUCCCGGCGUGCCCUGAGCCCCCCUUCACCUCCAGGACAGCAGCCGUCACGACCAAAAAUGCAUUUGCUGCAGCUUUUCCCCGCAAAGUCGCCCCAGCCGCCCCUGGCUGUGCACCCGCAGCCCUGCCAGCCCAGCGAGACCCCGUCCCUCCCGCGAGGGUCCCGAAGGUGAACCUGCACCUCCCGGGGGGGGACACGGGCUGGACACCUCUCCCCUCCCGACUGCGGGCAGUCCCCAGGGCAGCGCGCGUGGCCCAAGGGCUGUGUCCCCGUCCCCAGGGCCGUCCCCGGGGCUGGCCGCUGCCCGGCGCGUGCUGCUCGGCGUGCUGCGCUCCAAAGGGCUGGUGUAGCCUCGUGCCGAUGCCACCGGGCUCCGGAGGAGGCAACGCG